GUCCAGUCCAACCUUCAGUAGCGUCAAGUGUGGUGUUUUUGUUUACCAAGCUCUUUGUUAAAUAAAAUUUAGGCAUCUUUAAUACAGUGGGUGUUAUUUUAUAAAUUAAAGGGCAAAAAUAUAUUUUACGUACUUACCUCAUUAUGAAGAUUGCCAUAGAAGGUUGUGCUCAUGGGGAGUUGGAGAAGAUCUAUGAAUGUAUUGAAAUAUUACAAGAGAGAGAAUCAAUAAAGAUUGAUUUACUUAUUUGCUGUGGAGAUUUCCAAUCUGUUCGUAAUAAUGAAGAUUUGCGUGCCAUGGCCGUGCCUGAGAAAUAUCAAAAUAUAUGUACUUUUCACAAGUACUACAGUGGAGAAAAGCGGGCACCAAUACUGACUAUAUUUAUUGGUGGGAAUCAUGAAGCAUCUAACUAUUUACAAGAAUUACCAUAUGGCGGUUGGGUGGCCCCCAAUAUUUAUUACAUGGGUAGAGCAGGCGUCAUUAAUUUUGGCAAUCUGAGGAUUGGAGGUUUAUCAGGAAUAUACAAAGGUCAUGACUACUUACAAGGCUUAUGGGAAGUACCACCUUAUACUCCGAGUUCUCUCCGCUCAGUAUACCAUAUUCGCUCACUUGAUGUGUUCCGAAUGAGUCAACUGAAAGAGAAAAUUCAUGUCAUGCUUUCUCACGACUGGCCUCGAGGAAUCACAGACUAUGGAGAUAAGGAACAUUUACUAAGGAGGAAGCCUUUUUUCAGGGAAGAUAUAGAAUCAAAUCAAUUAGGAAGUAUACCAGCUGAGAGAUUGUUGCAUAUGUUAAAGCCAGAAUUCUGGUUUGCAGCUCACUUGCAUUGCCAAUUUGCUGCAAUAGUCAAUCACGAUGAUGACAGUGUAACUAAAUUUCUGGCCCUUGACAAAUGUUUGCCCAAACGCAGACAUUUACAAAUAUUAGAUAUACCAUCAGAGUUAGAUGGUGACAAACUCUUGAAACAAGAUGUCGAGUGGCUCGCUGUUCUCAGAAAUACCAAUAAUUUGCUCAGCGUGAAAAAUAUGGAUUGUCAUAUGCCUGGCCCGGGAUGUAAUGAAAGGUACAAUUUCACACCCACAGCUGAAGAAAAAGAAGCCGUUUUAAAACUAAUGCAAGAUAUGACAGUUACUAACAACAGCUUUGUCAAGACUGCACCUGUGUAUAACCCGAGAGCGCCCAAAUGUGCCCCGAGUAAUCCUAUUUUAAAUCCACAAACUGCAACUUUAUGUGAGAAAUUGGGUAUUGAUGAUCCAUUGCAGGUUGUAAUGGCCAGACUAGGCAGAGUUAUGACUCAACCAUGGGUUGAUAACAUGCCAACAAUCCUAGAAUCACGAACAAAUGACUUGGCAAUAAAGGAGUACAUUUCAAAUGAUAGUCCAGUUCAAACUCCAAUGAAACAUGCCAAGUUGUCAUUGCCUGCUCCUAAUACUCCAAAAAUACAUGAAGCAGAAGGUUGCUUUGAGAAAAAUUCUAUGUUUUCUCCUGGUAGCUCAUUUGUUUCUGACACUGCUGAUAGUCUAAAUGAGAGUAUCACUCCAUUGUCAGCAACUAAAAAAACAUUUAAAAGAAGAAAUAUGUCAAUGUACACACCUGAUGGUGAUGACAGUUUAAGCACCGAAUCCAGUUCUCUUCAUGAUUCCGAUAGUCCAAAAUCAAGUAAACAACUUUGUAAAAAUACCAUUUUAGCUUAAGAGGGCAUUAUGUCUUAAGCUAGUUAAAAAAAACUAUUUUGAGAUUUAUGUUCAACAUAUUACACUUUAAUUGGAAUUUAUUAUGGAAAGAUUAUUAAAUGUUUUUGAUUUCAUCUAGUGGUGUCCCAAUAUUUACAUAAGUUGUACAUAGAGCAGUGCUAUAAUUGAUAUAAAUGUACUUUAUUUUUUUAAAAUGUUUUAUGAAAGAUAUAUUUCAAGCCUUAUUUGUUUGAGAUAUACCUACCUAUUGCUUUUGGAUUCACAUAAGUAGAUUUAAUCAAUUUUAAGAUAAUUUACCUGUGUAUAUUAUAUUUACUUAAAAAAAUGUGCAACCAUGACAUAUUUUUAAGCAGUAUUUACAUUAUGAUUUAGGCUAAUGAAAAUAUGACAAAUUUAUUAAACAAAAAAAACAUUACUUACAUUUGUAAAUUUAGAGCCAUGAAUUUUGAAAGAAACUUAUAUUUUUAUAACAAGUUUUCUUAUGAACUAUGUUUGACCUUAUAACAUAAAUUCCCUGUAUUUAUCACAUGUAUGUGAUAUAAUACUUAGACUAUAUAAUACUUUUCCCAAAAGUUUAGAAAACAAAUAAAUAAUGUUUUAGCAUGUUUAGCUUAUAUUGUAUGUAUAGUAUAUGUUGUUUAUUGAUGAGUUGUACAAAAUCACUUAAUAAUUAGAUUUAAAUAUUCAAACAUGGACUUGUUUCUUUUUCCUUUUUGUAAAUUUUGCAAUACAUUUAGUGCAA